AUGGCUGUUGCACUGACGUUGGUCGAUGACUCUGUAUUUAUAACAACCACUCAGCUCAAUGCAUCGACCGACGCUCCUCUUCUGCUGCACGAAAAUCGGACUUCAAAAGAAAUGCACGAUAAAUCGAAAUUGGUCCAUGAUUUGAGUGUGGAACUCAAGACAACAGGUCGUAAGUCGACCACCGACGAUUACAAUACAUUUUCGUCUUUGACGUCCGAUGUUUUUGUCGAGACCCCGUCAUCAGUUUCCAAUACUAAAUCGUACCCUUCGCUGACUACCAGUACGCCGGCAUUCGUUACUCGUGGCAGAUAUAUCAGAAAUCCGUUCUACUUUAGCAAGGAAGAUCAAGAAGUCGAAUUCGAAGAAGAUCAACACGCAGAUGUGUUGUUAAAUGGUGCAUUUCCGAAAUGGAAUAGGUAUAAUACUAAUCACAGACAGUUGAAUAAGUACGGACCGACACCCAUUGAAACAGACAUCACGGUCGACGAAGACGGAUCAACAGGUUACGGAAGCGCGUUCGAAUUUGGCGGCGGAGGUGGUAACGUGGGGGCAUCUAGUUACGAAUCCGGAAACUACCGAAAUCCAAACAACGGAUGGUCAGGCGGAGACAGCAUGAUGGAGUGGUACGGCGAACAAAUACCACAGUCAUCGCGACCUGUUCCCAUAAUCGCCGAAAUUCGUCAUCCUAGCAAACACAAAAUGUCGAUCGACGUGACCAAAAUCGGUCUGUUUGCGUUGGUGAAGAUCGCGAUGGCCAAGCUCAAAGCGCUGGGCUUCAUCAAGGCCUUGUUGUUCAUGUUGUUCAAACUCAAACUCCUCAUACUCGUGCUGGCCAUCAAGGCUCUGAUGUUUAUGAAAAUGGUGAAAAUGACCCUGUUCCUUCCUGCUCUCUUGUCGAUAUUUACGUGGCCGAUGAUAUUAUCGCGUAUGUGGAACAUGCACAACAUGGGCAGCCAGCCGGUUUUAGUACCGAAUAAUUUUGGCAACAUGAGCCCAUCAAACAAUCAGCCUACAAAUCCAAAUAGACCUGAUAGACCUGAUGGACCUGAUGGAUCCGAUGAAAAUGAAGAUGGUAAGAGGAUGAGGAAACGUCUAGACAAUUUCCAAGUUAUGGAAACUGGAAUGGCCAGCUUCAGACAAAUCAUGAGGUCGGAAAAGUGCGUGGAGAGGGUCUCUUGCCGUAUGGCUGGUGCCAGAAACCCGAGUUUGACACUAAUUUGGAUGAAUUGGGUUUUAUCUCCUAUAUCGAACUAUUUACCAAGCAAGAAAUUAAGGUCCUUUGUUUCAACAUUUACAGAAGUAACCAAUUUUCGUUUAGAUAAUUUGUACACUAGACUGUUGCCAAGUAACUGGACGGAAUGGUGUAAUGAACAUUAUUCAUGUGAUGAAACUAAAAAAAAAGUAUAA